UCUGGACCUGGGAGGACACACAGAGAGCUCUUUUAACUUCUUACAGAGAUCUAUAAGGAAACUUAUAUUAUCAGGGGGAAAAUGGGAGCACUUAUUGCCAAGAUGUUGCUGCCUACCAUUAGCAGUUUGGUGUUUUUGCCAGCAGCCAGCGUGGCCACCAAAAGAGGCUUCCAUAUGGAGGCUAUGGUUUACUUCUUCACCAUGUUCUUUACAUCGAUCUAUCAUGCAUGUGAUGGACCAGGCUUGUCCAUUCUGUGCUUCAUGAAGUAUGAAAUUCUGGAGUACUUCAGCGUGUAUGGUACAUCUAUCUCUAUAUGGGUGACACUACUAGCUCUGGGGGAUUUUGACGAGCCCAAGCGCUCCACGCUCACCAUGUUUGGAGUGCUCACCUCUGCUGUGAGGAUAUACCAGGACCGCUGGGGCUAUGGGGUCUACUCCGGACCCAUAGGCACAGCUGUGCUGAUGAUCACAGUCAAAUGGCUUCAAAAAAUGAAGGAAAAGAAAGGCCUUUAUCCUGAAAAAAGUGUGUACACUCAACAAGUGGGACCUGGGUGCUGUUUUGGGGCCUUGGCUUUGAUGCUUCGCUUCUAUUUUGAGGAAUGGGACUAUGCUUAUGUGCACAGUUUUUACCACCUGUCAAUGGCUGUGUCUUUUGUACUGCUGUUACCCAAGAAGAACCGCUAUGCCGGGACGGGGCGCAACGCCGCCAAACUGAACUGCUACACCCUCUGCUGCUGUACUACCAAACCUCCAGGAAAAGAGAACGCUCGGACCAUCUGGACGACAGCCCAAAAGCCCUGGAUGCGGGCCUGCAGUCCUGGCCUACCGCUGCACCAUUCACGGCCACGCACAAUGUAACACAGGCAACGAUGUCUGCUAUCAUAGUUCCAACAGCGAGGACAGUUAUAUGACCCUAAAGCAAGCCAAAUAUGUGUGUGGCGAUGCAGGCCACGUUAUCACUUACUUUAAUGCUUAAAGGAUGACCUUGAGACGUUUAGGAUGAAAAGGGACUGAAAGCUCCAAAAGUUCAGCUUCUGAACGUGUAGACAAGUGCACCAGACUGGCUUGUCCAUGGCUGCAUUACAAAUUACAGGUAAUCACAGGGUUACUGAGACUGCUCACCUCCAGCUGGAAAGUUGCAGACAUUUUAUCUCUCCAGAAUGAAUAAAUUGUCUUUUAAGAUGUACCUCAGGAGGGACCACUUGUCUAGGUUUUUGAGAGAAGAAGAGGGCGUUAAAUGUGGUUGAAAAUGCUGAAAAAUUGCAGGAUUCUAAAAAACGCGUUAUUCCUGCCAUCUGAACGCAGCUAAAAGGAACUAAAAUGUUCUUCCAGCAACAAGAAGCAAACAAUCAUUAUGAUGUGUAUUGCAGCAGGUGGAAAAUAGUGUGUUUUUCUAGCGUACUGAGAAAGGUCAGGCUUUCCUUGAAUUUUCCUAGAAUUUUAUUAUCCAAUAUGCCAGCUAUUCUGUGUAAAUAUGUUUAUUUAUUCCAACACAAAUAUUAUUUAAUGCUUUAAUGUCUUUUUAUACUGAACUGCACAAUUUAAAUUAAAUAAAAAGAGGAAGUUUUUUUU